GGGAGAAGAGUGCUCGUGAAAGGUUCAAAACAGGCCAGCACUCCUGGCCGCGCCCCCCCGGAAGCCGCUUCUCGACGUCGCAGCGGCGGCGGGCGGCGGGCGCGGCGCUCUCUCCGCGCGCUUGCCCGCGCGCUCGCUCGGGCCCUCUGCUCCCGUGCGUCUUCUUUGCGCCUGCAGGGAGGGAGGGAGGGGAGGGGAGGGGAGGGGAGGGGAUGAAGGGGUUGGGGGGAUGGAUUGGCGGAGGGAGGGAGGCCUGGUAUCGUUGCCCAGGAGGCGGCUGCGCUGCCAGACUGCCCCGGGGCACGAGGCACGCCCACGCGCGCGGCCGGCCGCCGCGGCCCUGGGGCCGCAUGCGCAGGCGGCGACAUGCGAACCCGACUCUCCCGAAUCGAGGAAGCAUCGGGCGUUGCGCCAUGGGGGGGUCGAGGAAGAGGAGGAGGAGGAGGAGGAGGACGAGGAGGCCAGCGGGGCAGUGGAGAGGGGCGACAGAAAGGGGGCGCGACCGGCAGAAACGGGGCGUGCCUGCUGAAGCAGCAGGCACGGGAAAAGCCGCUUGCACACUGCGCGAGCCCCCUCUACCUGCAAGGAGGAAAGACUGGUCUACUCUGUAAGAACGGUUUUUUGAAGGCAGAUCUGCCUUCAAAAAACCGUCCCUUCUGAAGCAGCAGGCACGGGAAAAGCCGCUUGCACACUGCGCGAGCCCCCUCAAGCGCCAUCGCGGAGCUGCGCUCGGGGGGCGCCCUGGACGUCCCGGACCAGGAGCUGAAGGUCGCGAGCGAAUCCUCAGAUGCGAUGCCCGCACGUAGGAUCACACUAAUAUAUUGGAGGAAAAAAAAAAGAGAUGCCGCAAACAUGCUCCAAAGUUGCCAAACGAUCUCGAAGAUCGCCCCCGACCAUUUCUGGACUAUGUUCUAAGCAUUCCUCCCGUAGAGGGACGCGCCCGACCUAACACCGCACCCCUGGGAGAGCAGGGCGGAAGAGACGCUGGACGCCC